GGCGUUUGCCGGUGAUGCAAGCGGCUCUCUUCCUCCAGCAGUUGGAUCGUUCCCAUCUCACAGCACCUCACAGAAGAUCUGUUCAUGUGUGGGGCUAUUUUUUCGACUGCAUGGAAUCAGAAAGAAGCAAAAGGAUGGCAAAUGUCUGCAUCCCCCUGAAACGAAUUGCUUAUUUCCUAUGUCUCUUAUCUGCGCUUUUGCUGACUGAAGGGAAGAAAGCAGCGAAGCCAAAAUGCCCUGCCGUGUGUACUUGUACCAAAGAUAAUGCUUUAUGUGAGAAUGCCAGAUCCAUUCCUCGCUCCGUGCCUCCUGAUGUUAUCUCACUAUCCUUUGUGAGAUCGGGUUUUACUGAAAUCUCUGAAGGGAGUUUUUUAUUCACACCAUCGCUGCAGCUCUUGUUAUUCACAUCGAACUCCUUUGAUGUGAUCAGUGAUGAUGCUUUUAUUGGUCUUCCACAUCUAGAGUAUUUAUUCAUAGAGAAUAACAACAUCAAGUCCAUUUCAAGACAUACCUUCCGGGGACUCAAGUCUUUAAUUCACCUGAGUCUCGCAAAUAACAAUCUCCAGACACUUCCAAAAGAUAUUUUCAAAGGCCUGGAUUCUUUAACAAAUGUGGACCUGAGAGGAAAUUCAUUUAAUUGUGACUGUAAACUGAAGUGGCUAGUGGAAUGGCUUGGCCACACCAAUGCAACAGUGGAAGACAUAUACUGUGAAGGCCCCCCAGAAUACAAGAAGCGCAAAAUCAAUAGUCUCUCCACCAAGGAUUUUGAUUGCAUCAUUACAGAAUUUGCAAAGUCUCAAGACCUGCCUUACCAGUCACUGUCCAUAGACACUUUUUCUUACAUGAAUGAUGAGUAUGUAGUCAUUGCUCAGCCGUUUACUGGAAAAUGCAUUUUCCUUGAAUGGGACCAUGUAGAAAAGACCUUCCGGAAUUAUGACAACAUUACAGGCACAUCCACUGUAGUAUGCAAGCCAAUAGUCAUUGAAACUCAGCUGUAUGUCAUUGUGGCCCAGCUGUUUGGCGGCUCUCAUAUCUAUAAGCGAGAUGGUUUUGCAAACAAAUUCAUAAAAAUCCAGGAUAUUGAAAUUCUCAAAAUCCGAAAACCCAAUGACAUUGAAACAUUCAAGAUCGAAAACAACUGGUACUUUGUCGUGGCUGACAGUUCCAAGGCUGGUUUCACUACCAUUUAUAAAUGGAAUGGCAAUGGAUUCUACUCCCAUCAAUCCUUACAUGCCUGGUACAGGGAUACUGAUGUGGAAUAUCUAGAGAUAGCCAGAACACCACUGACACUCAGAACACCUCAUUUAAUCUUGUCCAGUAGCUCCCAACGUCCUGUCAUUUAUCAGUGGAACAAAGCCACCCAGCUAUUCACUAACCAAACUGACAUUCCUAACAUGGAGGAUGUAUAUGCAGUAAAGCACUUCGCAGUGAAGGGCGACGUGUACAUUUGCUUGACCCGAUUCAUUGGUGAUUCCAAAGUCAUGAAAUGGGGAGGCUCCUCAUUCCAGGAUGUUCAGAGAAUGCCAUCACGAGGAUCCAUGGUGUUUCAGCCUCUUCAGAUAAAUAAUUACCAAUACGCAAUUCUUGGAAGUGAUUAUUCCUUUACUCAAGUGUAUAACUGGGAUGCAGAAAAAGCCAAAUUUGUGAAAUUCCAGGAAUUAAAUGUUCAGGCGCCGAGAUCAUUCACACAUGUAUCCAUUAAUAAGCGUAAUUUUCUGUUUGCUUCCAGUUUUAAGGGAAAUACACAGAUUUACAAACAUGUCAUAGUUGACCUAAGCGCAUGAGACACCAAAUUCUGUGGCUGCUAUCAGAAACUUUCUACAAUACAAGACCUUGAUGAACUCAAUGCAUGAUGACUCUUCUUAUCACACUUGCAAAUGAAUGCCUUCCAAACACUGAGAACCAAGCACUACCACUCUCUCCAUCUUUUAACUGUCCAGUCCAGUGGUGUGGGAAAGUUACUGUGUCUAAGACAAAAUUUAAUUGUGUAACUGUUCUUUGCAGUGAAAUGUGUAAAUAAGCGUUUAAUGGUAUCUGUUACUCCAAAAAAGAAAUAUUAAUAGUACUUUUCCAUUUAUUUAUUCAUGUGUUCAGAAACAA